UCUUGCAACUCGAUGUUGAUUUCUUGGAUUUUCAACUCUAUCGAAAAAUCCAUUCAGCCGAGUAUAGCCUACGAGGAGACAGCUAAAGCUAUUUGGGAAGAUCUACGUGAUCGUUUUUCAAUUGUGAAUGCACCUCGGAUUCAUGAGUUGAAAGGUCAGAUUGCAUCAACUAGGCAAAAUGGGAUGUCAGUGAUGGCGUACUACACGCAAUUGAAGAGCAUGUGGGAUGAACUCUAUAACUAUUCUAAGGUGCCAAACUGUACUUGUGGAGCAGCACAUGAUUUUCUUCGUGAGCACGAAGAAGAGAAACUGCAUCAAUUUCUCAUGGGACUUGAUGACGCCAUUUUCGGUACGGUGCGAUCUCAAAUACUCAACAUGGAGCCUUUACCUCCUCUCAACAAAGCCUAUGCUAUGAUUAGUAAAGAAGAAAGACAUCGAUCGAUUGUGCGAGGACAAGAGGAGCGUCCAGAGGUGAUGGCAAUGACAGUUAACGCAACGGCUAAGGGUAGAGGAGCUGGACAAUCUUGGACAAAACAGUGAAGUGCUGUGGAGAGAAGAUGUUCACAUUGCCACAAGUUAGGGCACGACGUCGCGGAUUGCUUUGAACUACAAGGCUAUCCGACU